UGAGAAAAUCAAUCCACUGUGUGGCUGUGUCGCAAAAAUCUUCCCCAAUCUCGCUCGCUCUCCGCCCCCCCUCGCUUCGCUUCGCGCCGCGCUCCAACGAUCCACCGCCACCCUCGCGCCAAACCGAGCCAUUUCAAAACUCCUCCCCCCGCCCUUCCCGAACCUUCUAGAAGCCCCUCCCCUCCCCUUCCCGCGCACGGGGGAUGGGGAGCGGGCGGGAGCGGAAGCGGCGGCGGAGGGGGGAGAUGGGGCGGGUGGCGGGGAUGGUGAUGGUGCUCGCGGCGGCGGGGCAGGCGCGGGGCGGGGGCGCGCCCACGGCGGCGGAGCGCGCGCUCGCGGCGGUGGCGCGGGAGCGGCUGCUGGAGGCGGCGGAGUUGCUGGCGCGGCCCAGGGAGCUGUUCCCGAGGGAGGCGGUGCGGGCGCUCGUGGAGGACCUCGGCCUCGCCCGCGGCAGGGACCCCUCCGCCAUGGGCUACCGCCCGCGCAGGGCCUCCAUCGCCGAGAGGAUCCUCCUCACCAAGCGCAAGAUGGAAGAAAUCAAGGAGGCUCCAGUGUAUCCAACAACUAAUGUGUCUCAAACAACAGCCACGAGAGCAACAACUGUCUUCCAACAUGGAGCUUCUAAGCCAACUACUGGGUUGCCCAUGAAUAUUUCAGCUGUUGCCUCAUUCCCUGUCACAACCCCACCUACUAUACCAUCCCCAAAUAUCUUGAAGCAGACACAGUUAAAUGAAUCACCAUCAGGAGUGAAAGCAGCUGGUACCUCUUCAAUUGUUUCAGUACCAUCUGUUGGUCCUACAAAUAUUAAAGUGGAAAAGGGUGUUAAUAGUCCUACUUGCACACAAAAUGGAGCAACUAUAGGUCAAGCAAAUAAAUCAGCUCAUCUUACAGCAACUAUGUCUAAUCCAAAUAUAGUACCUUCUUCCAGUCAUGAAGGGACGCCUCAGCAUGAAAAGGCACCUGUAAUUCGACCCAUCACCGUAAAAAAUGGUAUGACACAUCAAUCUCGACCUGGAGUAUCAUUUAUUCAGCGACAAUCCACCUUUCCCAAUCAUAGUGCAAUUGCAAAAACGGUUCAACAAGUUCUGCAUCAACCUGUCAAUCAUCCUAACUGGAUCCCACCAUCAACUGAGUAUAUGCGUAGUGGGCUAGGUUGUCAAGUAUGUAAAGUUUUUAUCAUCGACAUACAUAGUAUGAUUAUUUGUGAUGCUUGUGAGAGGGGCAUACACUUAAAAUGCCUUCAGCAUGACGGGGUCAAUGUUCUACCACCUAAAGCUGAGUGGUAUUGUCCAACAUGUGUAGCUCGUAGCAAGGGAAAACCCCUGCCUCCGAAAUAUGGCAAGGUUACAAGAACUGUUGUUGCACCAAAGGUUAAUCUUAUUAGUGGAGUUCCUUCGCAGGGAGUUUCUGAAAAUCGAACUACAAAGGAUAAUAAUCAAGAACUUGCAGCAGAUGGAACAGUUAUCGAUAAAAACUCCAGUGAAGCUAACAGGAUUGUACAUAAUAGUGAUAAGUUGGCUUUGGAGAGUUCAAAAGAACAAUCACAAUCAGGCUCUGCUUCUGCAGCUGUUGAUAAGGGAAGAGGAAAACCUCAAGGUGUGGGAACAAUGGAAAAUAAUGCCAUUUCAGAACGUGGCAAUGUUCAUGAGUUGACAUCGAAUGGGGAUUUAUCUACAAAGAAUGAAAUUGUUAUAGGCGAUGCUAAGGAUAAAACUAUUGUUUGCAGCACAGAUCACAGUAUUGUGGGUUGGGUUGGUGAUCCUCUCAGAGUAGUCGAGAACAAGACUUACUAUUACUCUUGUAACAUUGAUGGUAUAGCAUACAAUCUUGAUGAUCAUAUUUUGGUUGCCUCCAAAGAUAAGGAGUCUGCUCCAUCCAAGCUGCAGUCACUGUGGGAAGAGCAUGAUUCUAGGUCUAAGAUGGCUUUGGUUAGUCCAUAUUUCUUUGCUUCAGAUAUUCCAGAAUUGAUCAGUAAACCAUGCACUGCAGAAGAGAAUGAGGUAUUUGCUUCCUGUAAUCAAAGAACUGUAACAGUUUCCGCGAUUUGUGGCCAAUGUGAGGUUCUUCAUGUUGACAAGUUUAGAGAAGAAACUAAGGGAAGUCAGGUUGUCAGUAGUAGGCUACAUCCAAUUUUCCUCUGCAGGUGGAAGUAUGAUGAAUCAACAAGCAGUUUCAGUAGUGUCAAUAAUUAGAUGAGAUUCUGUCAUUCUUUUGAAUCACAACUGUACAUUUGAGAUGCUAGUAUCAGCUGUUUUGCCUAGAUGUUUAAACGAAGUGGGAAGAAAGCUACACCCCUUGGAAAAAUUUUAUGCAAGUUGGAGAGCAGCGAGUCCAUGUUCCUUCAGGCGUUCAUUACCUGUGCAAAUCUUCGCUGCUUUAAUUAGGUUCACCCUUCUUAACAGAGUAGUGGUGAGGCUCGUUACAGUCAAAAUCUAUGCGUGAAACUUUAUACACGUGUUUGAUGCAAACAUCCAAUCCAAACGUUCCUCUGUAAAACUUCUCUCAGCGGUUUACUUGCCGUUCUUUCUUUCCGUCUUUCUUUCUUUACUUGACAUUCUUUCUUUCACCCUUUUCCGUAGUUCGCAUUGUAUAGGUGGCAUAAUGGUAGUCAUGUAUUUAUAUAUUCCUAAUAUUGCAGUAUAAAAUCUACCUCCACUCCUACCUGAAGUUGACAAA